UCGCUAUUUAUGCUUGUCAAAAUAACGAGAAGGAAGGGAGAUCUAUUUCAUUCGUAGUGAUAAAAUUACCAACUUCUCAAUAUUGUGACCCCAAUAUCUAUUAUUUCAGCCGAAAGUUCAAUUCAAAACUAAAUGAGAAAACAGUUUUCAUGUUUUAUCCCAGAUUGAAUGGUCGAAAUGAGAGACCUACCAUACUUUACUUGUUUGGUUCUGUACAUAUUUUCUUUCCAAAUUAUUGCUACGAAUUCUCGUACAUCUAACAUUUGGAAACUUAAUCCUGAAGAAGGUACAAUAGUUGACGGCAAUACGUUGACCCAGGAUGACGCUGAUAAGCAAAAAAUGACUGAAGAAGACCCCAUAUUCAACAUAAUAACCUCCACUGUGUACUAUGGGAACACUUGGACCAAGCAUGGCUUUGACAUGUUUUGUACUGACUGCCAAGCUUAUGAACAGCAAAGAUCCGGUGUUGAAAACGGAGAUGAGUCAACACUGACUGAGACUAAUGGCGAUGUUGACGACGAAUACUUGGACUGCGGGAAAGCUGUCAACUUUACAUACUAUGACAACCUUGUGGGGGUGGCCAGGCGCCAUAGACAUCCAAAUGUUCCGGAGCCGCAGGUGGCUCUUAUAUUCACAAAAAAGAAGUCCUUUAAAAAUGGUGUGACAGAGCUGGAUAUAAAUGCUCUGGAGAAGCGUCUGAAGAAAGCUAAGAGAGAGAAACCAAAGUCAGUACAGCUGUACAACCAAAUCGGCAACUUUUGGAGAAUCAAGGGUGACACUAGACAGAGCAUUGAGUGCUUCCGGCGGGCGUUGGCCGUGUCUCCUUAUAAUGCAGAAGUGCUCCUGAACCUGGCACGCGUGUUAUUCACACUGCAGUACUUAGACGACGCCAUCUAUCUGACGCGCCGCUCGCUCGAGGUGCAACCGCCGGACCGCAGCGCGUGGCAGCAGUACUUCACUCUUGGGGAGAUAUUCAAAGCUUAUGGCCAUUAUCAGGAAGCAGCGAUACAUCUCAAGCACGCGUUAGAUUUGAGACCGGACUUCGAACCGGCGCUGACGGCGCUAAAGGACAUUGAGAACAUACCGGAGGCCAACGUGCAUGUGUACACGCUCCUUAUUAUUGUGUGUUUGGUGAUGGGCGUCCUUCUCGUAAUCCUCUCGUCCGUGGACAACAACGGUGAAGCGGAGGAGCACAAAACGCAACGCCACUUCAACCGCGCCAUGGCGAUGCGCUCCCUGCGAGGCGUGGCCUUACCCGGCUCGCGCGGCCGCAAGAAAGGCGGCUCCUAAGCGGGAUAGCGGAAACCCGGUCUAAUGUCGAUGGUUUUGUGUAGUUCGUUUCGACGAUAUACUUUGGAUUUAAAUUAUUUGGACUUUGUUUAUAAUUUCUAGAUGGCGGUGUACAAUGACGUUUCGAAAUGUUUUACACUAGGUAUUAUUAUUAUAUCUAAUAGGUAUUGCCUGCUUAAGGAAAUAAAGUAAAUUAAAUAAGUCAUAAAUCUGUCCAGUUUUUGGUACACACUUUUAUUGCCGACUGUACUUUUCUUUGUACAAUCAUCAACUAUUAGAUAGUUUAAAGUAGAUAGGGUUGUUUCGAUUUAUUAUAAUAGGGAAUAUAACGCGAAACUCUGCGUAGGGGGCGCCACUACCACAAUCUGAGGGUCUACCGCGAAACAAGAAAAUCAGAAUUUCGUUAUCUAACAUCUAUCACUCUUCUUGCAUAUUCGAGCGAUAAAGAGGCAGAUAGUGAAAUUUCGGAUUCGCGUUUCCCGGUAGGUCCUCUGUAAACAAACCGCCUUGAUGCGUCAAUGUCAUAUUUUAUUAUCUCUGAAAACUUGUCAUAAAGGCACAGUAUUUAUAAGUUACUCUAUGGUCUACUAUAGACGCUAGUGCUGCACUGGUGGCAGAACAUUGCAGUAAUACCCACUAUUGUUACAGUUCCUAUGAAUACCUUCUGUGUCUUAUUAUCAUCACAAAGGUAUAGAAAUUAAGUACUUAGCUAUGCUCAACUUCAGCUUAAUUGGAUUACUAGGAAGUGUAAUUGAUCGUGCAUGAUUACUUAUCACUUGCAUAUCAGCCUUUACCUAUUUGAGAGUUGCAAUAAGUCACAAGCAAUGUGUUUUUAGUGUCUAGAAAUUAUAAACAGUAGCUAUAUUUUUUUUAAGUGAAGGAAAUUAGAAAUCUGAUUUGGUUAAUGCUCAGUUAGGAAUUCUUAAUUAUUAGUUUAUGGAGGUUGUGAUUAAAUUACUUAAUUUUUAUAUCACAGACAUUAGACCGGCGAUCUUUACAUUUUAUCGCUUGAUAAUGACAAAACUGACAGCUAAAAUGUUCCAGUAUCGCUAUUGAUAUCUAUGAGUAAGAAACCGAUGUUGUGGUACUGUUUCGUGAAAUAUAUAAAAUAUAGUAACUUGCAUUUAAAGUUGAGUUGUGAUUGAAAGUAGAUUUUUGCAGCGACGGGAAAAUUUUGCCAUAUUUAUAAUUCAAUGUGUACUUCUGUAAUUCAAUGUUCAAUUGUCAGAUAUAAAAUUUGACGAAACAGUGCGACAAAGAGAGGCUAAUGUACAAAAGUGACCUAACCGGUCUUGCCAUGUCUAAUUUGAUCUCUGCUUAGUAGUCUUCGUCACCUAUUAAUAGUUCCCUAAUGUGACGUGUUUCCUUUUAGCGGUUUCGGUAUUUCGAACGGCUUUUCAAAUUUACAAAUGUUAAUCUACAAGAAAAACCUGGUUCUUGUCAUAAUGUAUUUUAUUCUAAGUCUUAUUUAACUGCUAAUGCUUGAUAAGCAAUAAUAUUAAUACAUAACUACAUGGAAGGCAAUGGAAUAAAUAAACCUCGAAUUUCGUCAAGUCAUAAUCAAUAAGUUAUAUUUUUGCAAAUUGUUACUCCUUCAAAAUGCAGUAUUAUAAGGUAUCUACAUAAAAAGCGCGAUUUUGGUUUGAAGACUCGGGUCGGUUGUGGCGUGCAAGCCUAAGGAGCGUCAACUUUUGCAACCUAGUCAUUCACUUAGACAAGUGGGCCUACAGGCCGUGUGUGUUUCGUUAGUAGUGCAUGAAAAUAACUUGUUAAGUGUUCGUAGUGUCUAAGGAUUUAAAGGGAGGAGCGUCUUAAAUUCUGAGAUUGGUGAAAUGUACCUGUUUUCAGUGGUUCUUUUGUUAAUUUUUGACUAUUUAUUACUUAAUACAUGAUUGUCUUAGCAUCAA